UACUUCUGUUUUUUUCAUGUGCACUCUUGCAUCCGUCCAAUAGAACUGUUCACAUUUGCUCCACCCACAGCUGUGUAUUUGAGAUAAAACAAAGAAUGACCGACAGAUGCUCCAUCGUCUCUUUGUAUGACAACAUGGAUUCCAGACCUUCUUUGACUGAAGAUGAUUUCUCCUGUCCUGUGUGCUGUGACAUCUUCAGGGAGCCUUUACUCCUGGCCUGCUCCCACAGCAUCUGUAAGAGCUGCCUGAACACCUUCUGGCAGCAGAGAGGAGCUCUAGAGUGUCCUUUAUGCAGGACCGUGUCCUCCACCCCUGAGCCUCCGGUCAACAUCGUGUUGCACAACAUGUGCGAAGCGGUAAUGAAGGAGCGCAACCGGAGGAUGUCAGUGGAGAUGGAGGGGCUCUGCAGUAUACACCAUGAAGCUCUUACUCUGUUCUGUGUGAAGGAUCAGAGACCUAUUUGCACCAAGUGCAAGAACUCCAGAUUACACAGCAGGCACACUGUCAGCUCCAUACGGGAAGCAUCACAAGACCUCAAGCAAUUACUCCAGAUGAAAUUGAAGCCCUUACACGACAAGAUUAGACUCUAUGAGGACUUUAAACAAUCCUGUCUUAAUACUGGAGAUCACAUAAAGAAGCAGAGCCAAACCACAGAGGUAAUGAUCAGGAAGGAAUUUGAAAAGCUUCACCAAUUUCUCUGGGAUGAAGAGAAAGCUAGAAUAGCUGCACUGAGAAAGGAAGAGGAGCAGAGAAGUCAGACGAUGAAGAGAAAGAUUGAAAAGAUCACAAUACAAAUAUCCAUCAUCUUGGACACCAUCAAGGCCGUUGAGAAGCAGACACAAGGAGACGAUUUGCUAUUUCUACUGAACUACAAUACGUUACUAGAAAAAACUCAAGCUAAACUAGAAAAUCCAGAGAAGUUAUCUGGAGUUCUGAUCAAUGUGGCAAAGCAUCUGAGCAACCUGAGCUUCCAAGUGUCAGAGAAGAUGCACAGCUUUGUACAAUACACCCCUAUCGCACUGGACCCCAACACUGCUCACGCCGGCCUGAUGGUAUCUGAUGAUCUAAUCACGGUGGCAUAUAAGGGCGAGCUUCAGCGGGUUCCUGAUAACUCAGAGAGGUUUGAGGGUUAUGUGAGUGUCAUAGGCUCUGAGGGCUUUAAUUCAGGCACACACUGCUGGGACGUCGAGGUUGGAGACAACACAGCCUGGGCCGUAGGUGUCAUCUCAGAGUCUGUGUGUAAGCACAGAGAGAACCUCUCACGGUUCGGCAUAUGGUACAUAGGUUUCUCUAAUGGAAAAUAUGGUAAAGGAUAUUCACCUGAGGUUCUGACCCCACUGCAAGUUAGCAAAGCAAUCCAGAGGAUCAGGGUUCAGGUGGACUUUGACAAAGGCAAGGUGAUCUUCUCUGACUCAGCCCAGAACACCUGUCUGCACAUUUUCAAACAGACUUUCAGGGAAAGAGUUUUCCCUUACUUUUAUAGCCACUGUAAACUCCAUCCUCUGAGAAUAUUACCAGGAAAGUCUUCAAUGCCCAUUCAGAUAACAGUUAGAUAACACCAGACAGCACUAGACUCAGGAAGAAUUUAAACUAAAGCUGUCUCACACACACACACACACACACACACACACAAACACACACACACACAUACACGCACGCAUGCACGCACGCACGCACGCACGCACGCACGCACACACACACACACACACACACACACACACACACUAAUAUCCUCAUUCACACCUAGGGGCAAUUUAUUAUGAGAAGGCAUGCAGGUUUUGGCUAUACUAAACUGCCCCUAGGUGUGGAUGUGAGUGUGGAUGGUGCCCUGAGAUGGAUUGGCAGUUCAACCAGGAUGAAUUCUCCUGUCAUAAUCCAGUGAAGAAAAUAUAAGGGUGCCUUGCCUUUAUAAAAAUAUUUAUCACAAUUGCUGUGAAACGCCUAAAUUAAUUAUUUUGGAACAAGACUGCACAAUCAUAUUUUUAAUUUGCUAAUAAAGAAUCCCAUACCAUUAGAAACCUUUGUCUGUAGCCGAAAAUAUGGUCUUAAUUACAGCUCCCAAACCAUGUUCAUUUAUAAUCAGUAUAUAUUAAAAUGGUGUGCCAGAUUAUAACCUUUAUCAUGCCAGUCACAGUCUAAUAGCCAUAUGAUUCACACCCCAGACUUAAAGUGACCUAGAGGGAGAGUACCGAGUGCUUCUAUAUGAUGGGAUAUUCUUGUUGUUCUGAAUUAAUUUCAAAUAAAAAUAAAGAACAUUUCUGCACUGUGGGAUCUAUGUCUAAGCCUGAAACCUAUGAUACUGCAAUCUUCUCAAAAAUCUGAUUAGAAUCAUCUAAAAUUAUUUUCAAGUUGAAGACAAAUCAUUCAAUCAAGUAUCAGUUAAGUGUCUUGUUAAAUCUUUAAAACAUUAGUUGCCUUGGUGGACCGG